AUGGACGUUUCCAACGUUCUUGCAGCCCAUGCAGCGAAAUUUCAAUCUGUCACGGUCGAGAAGGACACACCACUCGAAGUCGAUGCAGGCUAUCUUCUCGUAACAGACCUCAAUUCCAUAGACGAAGAGACCUACAACGAAAACCUCGAGGAGCACCUCCAAUCUCUCGCGCGAGACGGCGUCCAAUCAUUGUUUACAACAUUAUUCAACCUCCCCACUCGUCCCUCCCCAGACGGGCCCCUCGCCCAACUCCCUCCUCCGAUCUACCAACUCCCCAGGGCGAAACCCCUUCCGAAGCCUAAGCCACCGACAAAGUGGGAACGCUUUGCAGCGGCGAAGGGGAUCCAGAAGAAGGUCAGGGAGAAGAGGGUGUGGGAUGAGGAGAAGCAGGAGUGGGUUAAUAGGUGGGGUAGGGAUGGGAAGAACAAGGAGGUGGAACAGGCGUGGAUUACAGAGGUGCCGCUUAAUGCUGACGUCGAUCAUGAUCCACGAAAGAUAGCUAGGGACGCAAGGAAGGAGCGCAUUGCGAAAAAUUUGAAACAGCAAACGCAAAACAUCGCUCGUGCGGCUGGUAACAACCCUCGUCAAGAAAAGAAGCAAGAGAUCGAAAAGACGCUGGCCGCUGCUCGGAUAAGUACCGCCAGCAUGGGCAAGUUUGACAAGAAACUCGAGGGGGAGAAAAAAGUACGCGGUGUCAAGCGAAAGUUUGAACCAAUAGAAAAUCCCAUCGCGAACGAGAUGAAAGCGUCUAUGGACCUCCUCUCAAAAAUGGAGAGUGAUAACAAGAAGAUGCGGAAAGCGCCCCUUCCGGAGGAUGCGGAUCUGAAUGUACGCAAAGCGGUGAGGUUUGCUAGUAAAGGCCGGGGAGGAGUCGCUUUAGGGAGGGAAGUUGCGGGUGGUGGACGAAGUAGUAGAGGACGGGGCGGCGGAGGUGGUGGUAAAAAAGGGCGUCGGUAG